GACGCCGCUGCGAGCUGGAGGAGGUCGAGCGAAAGUCGCUGCGGGCGAUCAUGGUCGAGGAGCGGACGCGAUACUGCACCUUCGUCAACAUGCUGCAGCCGGUGGUGCACGAGGAGUGCGAGGUGAUGUCGGAGCUCGGUCACUUACAGGAAGCCAUGCAGCUGAUAGCGAUCGUCACGAAGGAUCCCGCCCAGCUGCCGCAAGCAUCCGAGGAGCUGAUCCUCGAGUCGAAGGCAAACAUUAGCCUCUAUCCCGACUCGCCCGGUGGCUCCAACUCGCAGGGCGGCUGCUCGAACUCGCUCGGCUCGCGCAAGAGCUCCGUCUGCUCGAUCAGCUCGAUCAACAGUAGCAGCAGUGGAUCGCCGGGCCAUCACCAGUUCCAGCGAUCGUUAUCACAGUACUCUCCGGCGAUACGUUUGAAACCAGGCGAAUCGAGCGAUAGCGGCUUUUGCUCUUCACCAGCUUUAACUUCACAGGCCUCCACCUUAGCUAGUCAAUCACAUGCGGUAUCAACGUGGCCACCGCACACACAGGAUGCAACGUCAACCGUCGACCGUCCGCAUACGAUUUCGUCCGCCUACGAGAAGGGCCACCAGCGACCCGCCCUCACGGUGUACACCUUCCAGAGCCCGGAAACGAUCGCCGAAACGCAAAAGUCGCCGGCAAACGUUGCCUGCCGACCGCCGCUACCAGUGCGCUGCUCCUCCCUCGAGAGACCACUCUCAACGACUUCCGUGAAGAAUGCCAAUCCCAACGUGCCGCGUCAGUGUCCGUCUCCGAUUCCAGCGCACAUUACCAAAGAACACCCACAACUUCAGCCCACCUACGUCAAUAUGACGGAACUGGCUUCGAUGGCUGCUUCUAAAACCACUAACAACAGCAACAAUGUUAACAACAACAACAACAACAACAACCAUCACACAUCAACAAGCGGCAACAAUGGAGGUGCCAGUACGAAUAACGUUCAACAAGCGGCAUCACUGCAGUCCCAUUCCCAAAUCCCAUACCAGCAGCAGCAGCAGCAGCAACUGCACUCGCCCGUCCUCUCGUCCGCCUCCUCGCUAAUCUCGCCCGAUUCGAACGCGACGAACGCAAUCAGCUCGCCGGACGUGUCCGCCUGCAGUACCCAGACGCCCCAGAACACGCCGCAGACCGGGUCGCCCGGGACGCCCAACACGACACCGUCGUCGGCGGGCGGUGGCACCGCGGCCGUCACACCAAGCGAAAGUAAUAUUGACACUUCCUCCAACCACACGAUCACGAUCGAUGACAACGAGGAGCAUUUUAACAACACCAUCAGCACCACCUCCGCGUCCGCAAACAUAACAUCUACCACCACCAUCAGCACUUCCGAUACUAGCAACAAUUCCUCCUCCAACAACACCACCACCAACAACACCACUACCACCGCAACUAGCUCUACUAACAAACCAUCUCCUCCCCACUGCUCCACCGUCGGCGGGACCGCCGAAGCGCCGCCCAAAAGCGUGCUCGAUAAGGACAAAGAUAUACUCAAACGUACCGGUUCAGUUCUAGAGAAAACGUCGCUGUUCGAGCAGCAGAUCAACAACAACCAGCUGCACCAGCCGACGGUACCGCCGCCGCAGCAGCAGCAGCUCAGUGUGCCGACGUCGCCCGCCACCCUUUCGACGCGCCACAACGACCCGAACGCACUGUACGGACGACGGACGAACGAAGAAAUCUACAAAUCCGCCGGUCAGCUGCUGCUGGAUCGCGAUGCAGACUGCAUCGACAAGCAAACGAUCGAAGAACUAAACAAUCUGAUUGGUGAAUUAGAUCUCUUUCAAAGAGAGCACGAAAAUGCUCUGCUACUUCAGCAGCAGCAGCAACAGCAACAGCAGCACCAUCCACACCAUCCGCCACAGAAGCACGCCCGCCAUCGGUACUCGAACGGCGGAUCGGGCUCGGGCGAUCCUGCAUCCGAGUCCGAUACGAUCCUUGCGAACGGUGUGAAUAACAAUCAUGGUGGUGAUAUGCUAGCGUCCGGCCACCGCAAUGGUAGCCUGCACGAUGCCGAGGACGGUCUGCAGCUGCUGGAGCAGCCAACCACUACCCUUGGUGGUGGUGGUCGGCUACCGUCGUCGAUCUCCUCCAGCAACAGCAAUCUAGACGAGUACCUGAGCAACCAUCAAGAGGCCGACGAGACGAACGGUUCGAUGACGAACCUGGCGGCCAAGUACAGCAACCACAAUGCGCAGUCCGCCGACACGACCGAUUAUGCCAGCACGGGCGGCCACUACCACCGCACAUCAGCGCACGGGCAGCAGCAGUAUCAACACCAAAACCACUCGAUCGGGCUCGGGCUCGGCUCGUCCGCCGGUGGCUCCACGCAGGGGCUCGAUGGCAUCGCGACCGGGUUCGAGAACCCCUCGUUCAUGAUGGAAAACUACUACAGCCAGAACCGUAGCGAGGUGGUCGUGUUGCGCUGCAAGGACACGAGCCGCAACAGUCUCAACAAUGCGCCGGACGAUCUGCUGACCGGGAGCGGACUGAUGCAGCUGAACGGUACGCCGGUCGACAAUUCGCACCAGCAGCAGCAGCAACGGUUAAGCUCGUUCCGCGUGACCACCUCGCGGCCAGCAUCGCCCGCCUCGAUGUCAUCGUUCUUUGGCAUUAGUUCCCGGUCGCCAACGCCGUCCCUGUCGCUACCCGUGACGGCAAACUCGUCGCCACAGCAUCAUAAUCAUCAUGGCCACAACAACCACCACCAUCAGGCGGCGGCGGCCGAAGCGAAUGACCCGUCGGUGCCGCCCAAUUCGUCCAAUCACGCACCAUCGAGCGCUGGUCCGGCACCACCGUACGACGAUCGUAUCAAUCGCAAUAAACCCGCCAUCACCCCGAGACCUGCAUCGUUAUCUGGACCGACCCGUGUCACCCGACGUGCGUCCGUCAAUACGGUGAAGCCACCACCGCCAGUCCGGCGCAGCUCAAGCGUAACGCCUAGUCCUAGCGUAGGAACUAAUUCCACCAACACCACCACAACCACAAAUCUUGCCCAGCAAAGCCUAGCUUACACCUCAUCAGAAAGUUUACCACCACCACCCGCUUAUCUGUUAGAUUCGGCCGCCGGAAGUUCACCUAGUAUUUCAGGAAAUGUGGCGGGCACGGUGAAGGCACUGAAUGAAAUCAGGCAUACCCCGGCCAGUCCGGGCGUGUUGCGAAGGGCUCAGCAGCAGAGUAACCCUCCAUCCAAUCAAGGAUCUCCUACGCAAUACACCAACCAGUACGGUACACUGCCCGCCAACAGGCAGCAUGGUCAUGAUCAUAUUGCAAGCACGACAUCAUCAUUACCCCCGACUGCUCCUACAGCUGCUGCAGUGACUGCGCCCCAAUCACACUAUCCCCCAUCUCAACACCAUCAUCACCACCACCCCAGUACACCAAACUCAUUCCAUGCCACUGAUAGUAACAAGCCGCUAUCGAACCGAUCUCCGAAAACGAAUCUCCACCAACAGGGAGGAAUAUACGCACAACCGAAACAGCUAUCGACCAUGUCCAGCUUCCGCACCUCAAGUCCUGGUCCCCAGAAGCCAAACAGUAGCUUCCUCGCACAGCUGAACGCCAAGAUAGCACCGAACAAAACGCCACAAUCGCAGUCACCUGUGCCCUACCAACAGUCACAGCAGCAGCAGCAGCAGCAGCAGGCAAACAACUACGGUUACACGACGGCACAGUCCGGCAACGAGCUGAUCUACCAACGGUCCACUCCGGUCGAUCCGCGAGCGUACAACAAUAAUCAGCAACACCUUCAACAGCAGCAGCAGCAGCAGCAGCAGCAACAACAGUACUACCAACAGCAUCAACAGCAGCAGCAGCCCCCGCCACAUCCACCACGCGAGGGUAAACAUUCAAUCUAUUCCACCUCUAAUCAGCCCACUUCACAGCAGCACUACCAGCAGCAACAGCAGCUUCAUCAACAGCAACAGCAAUACUAUCAAACGCAGUAUCAAUCGCAGCAGCAACAACCACAUCAGCCGCUGCAGUACCAGCAGCAACCGCAAUCCUCGCCAUACUAUUACCAACAACAGCAGCAAUCGCAACAGGCGCCUCACAAGCAACACCAACAGCAGCCACAGUACGGUCAUGUUCUACCACCUGCCGGGGCUGCUAGCAGUAGUGGCAAUAGUAGUAGUAGUGCCGGUGGCUAUCCAACGCAAAACAUUUACGUCUCGACAAACCCGUUCGUCAGUUCCGUCCAAACGUCGUCCGGUAGUGGUGGUGGUGGCCUGCCAGUCGGUAGCUACUCACCUUCGUCCUUUGGCAAAGGCGCACGUCAUCACCAUGACGACGGGGCCAGUGGGGGCGGCGCUAGUGGCAGUAGUACCCCGAAUCGGACAAAUCAUCACAGCCGCAACAGUUCGGCAAACAAUAACGGUGCCGCUGGCGGUAGUAGUGGCUCUGCAUCCGGUCCAACGCACAAUGUGCUCGCCAAAACUAGUGCCGGUUUUCUGGAAAAUCUAAAUGCCCGACUUGCGGAACAGCGACUAUCGGGCAAAGCAUUUGCCGUGCGGAAUCUGAUCAACAGUAAAGCCCUGCCGGACCCACGGAUAUGCCACGAGUCGCUUAUGGAUCAGAUAAAGCGUGGCGCUACGCUGAAACGCAACCGUACGAUCAACGAUCGUAGUGCACCAAAAAUCCAUUAGAUUUCUAACGCACCCUCCCGAACUGCACUACCGCGCUUAAGCCAACACCAGUAAAACACACCCACCUAAGAGGAAUAUAGAAUAUGUAUACAACAAGUGUGCGAGCGCACGUGAGAGAGACUAGAAAGCGUGUGCGCUCGGUUAGAGUUUUUUUCUUUUCUUGUUUUUGUGUUGGCGAUGCAGUUUCCCCAAAUGGAAGCAGCCAAUACCGUUGGAUUGCCGAUCAGAUACGAAAUGUAAAGUUAACGGUCACUCACAUUUAUCUGUAAGAAGCUACUGAGCUGAAUGUAACCCAAUAGGCUGAAGAAAAGAUGCAUAUCGUGUGUGUGUUUUUGCGGGGCGAGAAGAUUGAUCCGUCGCACAUAGUUUCGUGCGGAAAAAACGCAGGUACCUUGAAGGCUGGUUAAGGUAUUUAUCAUUUUCGAGUUUCGUAGUUGUUUAUUUUUCCUUCUAUCUCUUUGUUUAAUUUUCUUUCAAUUAAUGAAUUUUGUUCAGUAAACAUGUUUAUCCCAUUGGGCAAAAGAACAAAUGAUGAAGCAAAUAAUUAAAAUGUUCAAUUCAAUAGAACCGAUUCCAGAGCGGAUAAAUGGCAAGUAAAACUGUGCUAAAAUUGUGCUGAAACGAUUGAGAUAGCUGCAUUAUUCCUAUUUGGAUCACGAACGAACUGAAAAUAUUUGAAUUUAAUAUUUCUUUUGCCGAUUUCUGCAUUAAAUGAUUACACCAUUCAAUGAAGCCUUGUAUGCCCCCCAGUCUGUAGUUCUAAGAGCUGUUUUUUGUUUUGUUUUUUGGAAUUGCGUACUAAAAAUCGCAAGCGUAAUGCAACAACCAGUGCAACAAAUAAUACAAGCAGACAGAAUUAGCGAGCUGUGAAAAGCUAUACAAAAGUGAAGUGAAAAGAAGAAAGGGAAAGAGGGAGCAUCCUCUAUCACACAUCAUACCCAAUAUAUCAAUUAUCAGCAUAAUUCUCGACGUAAGAAAUUUUCCUGUUGUAUUCAAUCAAUCAGUGCACGCUGUUGACAUGCAAAAUCAAACAUUGAAAGCAAAAGUUAAACAAAAAGACUUACCAUUCGUAUCCCGUUCGUAUUAUACCGAGUACUAACUACUACUGUCUAACCCGUGUUGAAUUCGCCAAUCUCCACACUCGCCUUAUAACCGACAUACCAACAUACCGAAAUAAUGAUAUACAUGGUACGUAACUGAAUAAUAAAGUAAAUGAAAGUACAUUUAGUAGUAAACCCACAACAAGAAAUCAAACUCUGCUCGUCCCCUAAAAGGCGACAUAAACACAUAACAAAAAGGACAAAAGCAUUUUAGGGAAGAAGGCAACCAAUUCGUCCAACUACAGCCAAUUAUCAGACGGUGGGAGUGUGUGUGUGGGAUAAGAUAGUAAGAUUAUAGAAUGCUCCAAUUUGCAGCUUUUAUAGAGGACUUCUUGUAAGACUUGCGUCUAAAAGUCGGCUGUCUGCAUCCAAUCGCAAGGUACGCUACAAAAGUGAAAGGUUCUCUGUGUCUCAUCGCACACUAUCAAAUGGCUACAGUUUUUAGUACAGUUUUUAGUAGUACACUCACUCACGAUUCAUCUGUGUACCAACCACCACUACCUUGAAGGAAAUAGUAACAUGAAAUGCUCAAACUAAAACAUGCAUACAACAUAACCUAACUAGCGGAUGAUCCAGUCGAACAUAUUAUCCCUUAGGACGCAACAUCAUUGUGUCAUUUGCGACAACAAAGAACCGGUAAAGACUGACAAGAAGUCGGAAAUGCGCAAAAUAUCUCUUUUAUUGAUGUGUCUUGUGUAGGUGGUUCAUAUGUGGUGUAAUUACAAACAAAAAGUAACAACGGAACAGACAUACACACUCCGAGAGCUGUGUGGUGCACGUGGUGUUACGUGCGCAAAGGAAAGCUAGCUAGAACAAUGUGUAUCCUUCUCUGCUGCCGUCACUUUACAAUAAUCACAAUUAACUUACGAAAUCAACCAAACCGAACCUUUUUGGGUCUAGAUGGAUGGCGAGGGGGCGAUGCGUACACGUAAACAACAACACUAAAACAAAAAAACAAAAAAACCAUGGCACUCUUAAAUCGGUAAGCUCGGUUCCUACUGGUUAUGUCGCGGCCGGUUGAAUGUAUUGCAACCGAUAGGGCCAAAACUAUUGACAUUCGGUGUUAGAUUGCAGUGCAGUUACAGUAUCACAAUAUCAUCCAUGUUUCGCGUCCGCUUAGAUACGGACCAGUCUUCCACCAAAGAUCAGUAACAAUUGGAAGUAAACAGAAGAAAAGAAGAAGUAUGAUUUUCAGUACUAAAAGUGGGCGGUUUGUGUAUGUUGGAGAAGAAACAUUGAUGUAGCAAGGAAGAGAAUGAAGAGGGAAAGAUGAAGUGCGUACCGUAAACCAAACCUUAGAACAGAGGCUAUCUUUAUUUUUGAAACCUUUACACCUUUAAUGGUUGCUAUUUGUCCAAUGUUUAUUUAUACUGUUUUUUUUUUCAAUUAUUUUUUUUUCCAAGUGUUUACCACAUUUAUUUAAUUUAUAUUUUCAACUCACUUUCUGCAAUUAAUUUGCGUUUAUUUGUUAUUUCCCCCCUUUUUCUUAUUUAUAAUAUUAUUUUCUUCUUACAAACUAACCUAUUUUCCGUUCUUUUUUCCAAUUUAAAUAUCUUUCUAUUGUUUUCAAACCCUUGUUCACUUUUUAGCUUAUUUAUUUGCAUUUUUUUUGUUUUCUGAUAUUUUUUUUUGUUUGGAUAUGUAAUAAGACUUGUUUUUCCUGCUUUUGUUAACACGUUAAUGUAAAUAAUGAAUGUGUGUAUGUAUAUGUUUGGUGUAUUUAGGAAACAUUUCUCUGCCACGAUGCGAUUUAAAUUAUCCAACCAACACUAUAUUAGGUUUUAUUCUGCGCUCAUUAAAAAUCAAAAACAACUGUUCGAAAACGAAAAGGCGAAAAGGGUAAAAAGUGCUAAAAUGCGCAACUACGAUAAAAAUUUCUAGUGGUCGGUUUGUUCGCCGAUGUAAUCGAUCACUACUGAGCAUCGCUGGUGGUGGAGAGAAAAUAAUAGAGUUAACCACGAUGUGUCCUAACUGGCAAAAGCAAAUCGCCUCGAAAGAAUGAUGAUGAUGAAACACAAUAACUAGCUUCUAGCAAAACAAGAAAAAAAAACAAGUGGAAGAAUGCAGCAGAUAAGCUAAGAGAACGUAAUUAACGGUUAAAACACACAUAUAAUUAACUUAUGCGACAAGCUAAACCUACUAACCAAAAAGAAAACAAAUCAACAAGAAGAUCUUGGAAUGAAAGAAUCUAAAACUCGACGUUAAACUAAAAAAGUGAACCACGGUGAAAACCCUAACACAAAACUGUCUACAAUAAAACACCCACAGCGGUGUUGUGGGUGAACCGUGAAGCUGCUAAACACGACAAAAACAUAUUAUUUUUAUACAUCAAAAAAGUAGUAAGCCCAACAAGUGAUCGGAAUCAGUUUGAGAGACAGAGAAAAGGUGUGUUGAAGCGAACAGGGGAACUAUGUGGGUUUGAUCGAUGAACACGGGUCGAUAUAGCCACGAAGCAUUAGUUCUAGUUAUACAUUAUAUAUACACAAUAAAUAUAUAUACAUAUACAUCUUAUGUAUACAUAAGGCGCCUGUGAAGCGGACAAUUCGAAUGCAAAUGGAAGCAAACUAAACAGACAGGUAGAGCGGUAGAACCAACCGGAACACACUAAAGCACGAGCAAAGCCCCAACACUGGGUAACGGCCCCGUUAAUGCAAAACAAUACACUGUAGAUGGUGAAUGACUGUAAUACUAGCGAGAGCUGCUUGCACUGCACCGCAGCUUCAGGAGCAAUGGCAAACGAAAAGGAUAACGCAAACCCUCCCGAGAGGAGCGUUCGAAUCUCAGCGAAAACUGGGUAAUUAAAGGUGAAGAAGAGCGAGAAAGAGAGGAAAGAAAAAAAAUUUUGUUCAUCCAUUUCAAUAAUACGUGUCGAAUCGGGGCAGGAAACGGGAAAAAUCAAGCGGAAAAUAAGUAAUAUUAAUGAGAAAAACAAACAACUCUACUGUAUCAUUGUACACUGAAAUAAAGAGAAACAAAAACAAAACAUCAUUAUAUCAACGAAAA